CCAACGAAGAAGACGAACACCCAGCAGGUUCAAUCAAGGACUGGAGUUACGAGUAGGCUGUCACUGGGGCUGAACUAGGAAGGCUCCAGCUGUGUCCCGUUUGGACAAACUGCAGAUUAGCAUCAUCUCACUUUACAUAACAUUAUUGCUCCGAUGGUGGCAACGAGGGAUCAACUAGAAAAUUACUAGAAGGUCUUGAUCCAGAACCUUUUUCUUUUCCACCUGAGACAAAUGGUUUUGUGUCAUGGAUCCAGGUGUUGUGGAUGGUCUCGUUACCCUUGUCAUCAGGGCACCCAACCAAAAGUACAAUGACCAGACCAUCAACUGUUGUCAGAACUGGACUGUGGAGAAGUUGAAAGCUCACCUGUCCGAUGUGUACCCAAGCAAACCAAGCUCAAAAGACCAGAGGCUGGUGUAUUCUGGGAAGCUGCUUUUGGAUCACUUCACCUUAAAGGACGUACUCAGAAAGCAGGAUGAGUACCAUAUGCUCCAUCUGGUGUGCGCCUCAAGAACCCCUCCCAGCUCCCCGAAGCCCCCCCGCAGCCAUAGUAAUAAGCCUCAGGAGAGCUCGUCCGGUCCCACGCCACCGCAGAACUCUACUGGUUCUUUCACUGGUCAGCAAAGCAGGCCAUAUCCAGCAGAGAGCCUUGAUGGACUCAGACAGAGAACUGGACACUUUCCAGAUCUGCAUAUGUAUCCACAAUUUAUGCACAGCUGGAAUCAGUACCCCCCGCAGACAUUUCCUGCAACAAACACGCCUGCUUACUACAACCCCAUGACACUGAUGUGGUGGCAGCAGCUUUACGCCCAGCAGUACUACAUGCAUUAUCACUUACUGGCUGCGUCCUCUCAGCACCUGCUGCCAGAACAGCCCUCUCCUCAGUUUAACCAGCACGAUCCUCUGGCCCAGCUACCGCAGAGAAAUCGCCGUGGCAACCCUGAAGUUCAGAUGAACGCACAGGGAGGGGAGAUCAUGAAUGAGGAGGAGCUAAACCGAGAUUGGCUGGACUGGGUGUACACAUUUGCACGCACUGCAAUCUUACUGAGCGUAGUUUACUUCUACUCGUCCUUCAGCCGAUUCGUCAUGGUGAUGAUGGCCAUGCUGGUGCUCUACCUACAUCAAGCCGGCUGGUUUCCCUUUAACUUGGAGAAUGAACUCUUUCCUGACAGAGCCAAUCAGGAUGAGAUGGAGGCAGAGCUGCAUAACCUGGACUUACAAGAAAUGGAAGGACUGAUGGAUGACGGCUCGGAUGACGAUGGGGAAAGCGGCGAGGAAGGAGUAGAUGAUCCCAACAGCGGCCCCCACACGGGCUUCCUGUCCUCCACGUGGUCCUUCAUCAUCACCUUCUUCAUGUCACUCAUCCCUGAGGGGCCGCAGAAUGCUGCAAACUGAACCAUGAGCCACUACAGAUCUCCACUGGGACACGUUUUCUUUUCUCUGUAACAGGAGGACAUAUAUCCUACCUGCUUGGGGAAACUCCUCCUAUAACAAUGCAGUGUUAUAUUUUUCCCGUUUUUCCACUUUGUUACAAAUCAAGGACUUUGAGCCAAGACACAAACGACUGAUUUCAUCUGUAAAAAAAGGAAAUGGUCCCUUGAUUAGGAUUCCCUUUGUCUGCAGAAAGACAAAAAACAACAUAAUUUUUAGUUAGCCUGCUACAUGCGAGGAGUGCUAGUGAUGCCUUGUAAAAAAUAGUUGUAAAUUCGUUAUUUGUGUCACUUAUAAAAUAGGGACAACGGCACAUGUAUAAAGUGAAACCGAUAUAGCACUACUUUUGCUUAACCUGAUUUUGUUUCCUUUAAGAAAUUGCGUUAUUUGUUGAAAUAGUUUAAUUUUUAUUGUAAAGAUUUUUUGUUACGUUUGCUGUAUCCAAAUAAGGCAACUUCAAAAAAGGCAACAUAAGUCCAAAGGCUGAACCUGAGCGAAUAAAUGAAACAUGUAGCGUCUGUGAUAACUUAACAUGUGUUUAUAAGAUGUGUCUGAACUCUUUGUGUGUGUUGUGCUGAUGACAGUGUUGCUGGAGCAGAGUGAAACAGUGUACCACUUGUUCUCUCCAAGAGUAAAGAAGAAUUACCUUCUA